AACUAAAGAGCGCGUUGUAGGACCCUUUGCCUGAGAGAGAGAGCUUCACAGGGAUUAUAUAGAUUACGUAGUGAAUCAAAAAAUCUCUUAUAUAUUUUUCUCAGUGACCAAAACGAAGCGUUUUGGUUCAUCUAUCCAAACACUACAACAGUUCCACCACUAUCACCAUCUCUUUGCAGAUCGUCUUUCUCUUCUCCGCCGAUUCUACAAUAACCAAAAAAGGGAAAAAAAAAAAAAAUCUUAUUCCUCUUAUAGAAAACCCUAAUCUGCAUCUCUAAAUUUAUUGUUUUUAUCUCAUUUCCGAUAUUGCCCCUUCUCUCUGAAACUCAAACUCAAAGACUCGGUAAACAUUAUCAUUUUUAACAUUCGACAACAGUGUUUGGCAACGGGACUGAGAGUAAACCGGAAGCGGGAUAAGAGAGCAGGAAAACCAGAAUGGUUGGAGGUGGGAGCAGGAGAGAUGAGUCGGUGGUGAUAAACAGCACGAACGUGUUCGCGGCGCUCGGGAGCUUGAAGAAGAAGAAGAAAGACAAAGAUCAAAGCCAGCAAGGUUCUUCGUCCAAGGCCAAGAAGAAUGAGGAGAAGAAAGAGAAGGAGCUAAUCUGGACCCCAGCCAAGCUCAACGUCAAGUCUUGGGCAGAUGUCGAUGACGACGACGAAGACGAUUACUACGCCACCACCGCCUCCGCCGCCGCUCCUCCCGACUCGCCCUGGGCCGCCGUUGCCGUCAAAGAAAGCGACGCUGAGCCUGUUGAUGAGGAAACUGAAAGUGAGGAAGGUGAUGAAGUAGAUGAUGAUGUUGAGGAAGAAUAUGAAAAUGAGCCAGGGGCAACACUUGAAACUGCUGAGCCUGUUAUUACAAAGCCUCCUGAGGCUUCUUUGGCUCCUAAAGAUGCAGAAAGGCAGCUUUCAAAGAAGGAACUGAAGAAAAAAGAGCUUGAAGAACUCGAAGCUGUUCUUGCUGAAUUAGGAUAUACCAGCAAAGAGACCAGUGGCCAAGAUGAUACCCAUGCAGGUAUUUCACAAGAGAAGAAAGCAGAGAAUCUAAAUGGAGAGUUAGAUAAGAAGGAGAAUGCUACAGGGGAAAGCAAAAGUGCAAAAAAGAAGAAAAAGAAGGAUAAAUCUUUAAAGGAGCUAAAAGAAUCCCAGGACCAGCCUGAUGGCACUGAUGCUGGAAAUGCAACAGAAGAAGCUGCUGGGAGUGAGAAGGCAGAAGAUGCAUCUUCUAUUGAUGUUAAGGAGCGGCUAAAAAAAGUUACAUCUAUGAAGAAGAAAAAAACAUCAAGCAAAGAGAUGGAUGCUGCUGCCCGAGCUGCUGCAAGUGAGGCUGCUGCUAGAAAUGCAAGGCUUGCUGCAGCAAAGAAAAAGGAGAAGAAUCACUACAAUCAGCAGCCAGUGCGGUAAGCUGGCGAGAUCCUUGGUUUUUGUAAUUUCUUUUUCUCAUAUAUGAACAUGUACUCUUGGUUCAUUUGGUGAAUGCAAAAUAAACAUUGGAAACUGGUUUUGUGAAGUUGAGUUUCAUGAAGAUACUUCUAGUUUUACUUCAGGCAAAGGGUAAAAAAAAGGUUAUUUAUAUAUCUUCCGUUGUUUUGUCA